AUGUUUUGGCUAUUUAUAUUCGCCUUGAUUGGUUCUUGCUUCUCCAUGCGACAACAAUCCGUCGCCGUACGCGGUCAGCUUCUUUGUGGAGAAAGACCAGCAGUUGGUGUCAAAGUGAAGCUGUGGGAUGAAGAUGACGGGCCGGACCCGGACGACGCAUUGGACGAAAUGUACACAGACGGAAAUGGCAACUUUCGUCUCCAGGGCUCCACUCGCGAGCUGACAAAUAUUGAUCCUGUUCUAAAGGUUUAUCACGACUGCGACGACGGCAUCAAGCCUGGUCAGAGAAAACUGAAGUUUUACAUUCCUGACCACUACAUUUCUAGCGGAGGUAGACCAAGGAAAAUAUUCAACCUCGGCACUCUCAAUCUGGAAACUAUUUUCAAAUGUGAGGAACGCGAUCUUUUGUGA